AUGGAGAACGAGCAGCUCCCGGCGCCCGCCGCCAGCAGCGCCGCCGCCCCCGGCGCGACGCCCGGCGGCAGCGCGGGCAGCGGCCGCCCGCCCGGCCCGCAGAUCUCCGUCUACAGCGGCAUCCCCGACCGCCAGACCGUGCAGGUGAUCCAGCAGGCCCUGCACCGGCAGCCCAACACGGCGGCGCAGUACCUGCAGCAGAUGUACGCGGCGCAGCAGCAGCACCUCAUGCUGCAGACGGCCGCCCUGCAGCAGCAGCACCUCACCAGCGCCCAGCUCCAGAGCCUGGCCGCCGUGCAGCAGGCGAGCCUGGCAGCCAACAGGCAGAGCGGCCCGUCGGGCGGCACCGGGCCGCCGCCGCCACCGCCGCCGGCGCAGCAGCCCACGAUCAACCUGGCGGCGGCGCCGGCGGCCGCCCAGCUCAUCAACCGGGCGCAGAGCGUGAACUCGGCGGCGGCGGCGGCCUCGGGCAUCGCGCAGCAAGCGGUGCUGCUGGGCAACGCCGCCUCGCCCGCCCUCACCGCCAGCCAGGCCCAGAUGUACCUCCGCGCCCAGAUGCUCAUCUUCACCCCCACGGCCACCGUCACCGCCGUCCGGCCCGAGAGCCCCGCGGCGCCCGCCGCCCCGCCGCCCGCCUCCGCCGCCCAGGUGAGCCCCAGGCGCCCCGUGGCCCCGGCCCCGCGCCCCGCGCCCCCUCACCCCCUGCCGUUGCAGGUGCAGAACCUGGCCCUGCGCCCCGCCGCCGCCCCCCACCUCCCCGCCCUGGCCAUGAAGCCCCCCGGCCCCCCCAAGCCCGCCGCCCCCAAGGCCGGCCCGCCCGAGCCCCCCGCCGACCACCUCAAGAAGGGGGACGCCGCCGACGCCCGCGCCCACCCCCUGGCCCGCGCCGCCCCCGCCGCCGCCGCCCACCCGCUCAUCGCCCCAGCCUACGCGCAGCUGCAGCCGCACCAGUUCCUGCAGCAGCAGCAGAAGCAGAUCCAGCACCAGUUCGUGAUCCAGCAGCAGCAGCUGGCGCCCCGGGGCCAGCCCCAGCUCAUCCAGGGCGGCUCCAGCCCGGCGCCCCCGCUCCAGCCGCUGCCCUCGCCCGGCCCCAGCCUGGCCCCGCUGCAGAGCCCCGGCGGGCAGCAGAAGAGCGGCGGCGGCACCGCGGCGGCACCGGGCCCGGCACCGGCGGCACCGGCGGCGGGGGGUGCCGAGGGCAGCGCCCCAAACGGGCCGGGCGGCUGCCCGGGUCCCGGAGCCCCGCGCAAGUACCAGCACGCCUCCGCCGUCAUCCUGCAGCUGCAGCCCGCCGGCGGCACGGCGCUCGCCGAGGGCGCCCGGCACGACCCGCCGCCCGCCGGCGCCCCGCCGCCGCCGCUGCCGGCCGCCCGCUCGCCGCCCGCCGCCCCCCCCGAGCCCCAGGAGCCCCGCGGCGAGCGGCCCGCCGCGCACGAGACGGGCCCCGAGCGCGUUCAUGCGCAGCCCGCCGGCCCCGGCAUGACCUCGGGCACCGGGAGCUCUGCCGCCGCCGUCGCCGCCGCCGCCGCCGCCCCGCACAAUGGUGAGAACAAGCCGCCGCAGGCCAUCGUGAAGCCGCAGAUCCUGACGCACGUUAUCGAGGGCUUCGUGAUCCAGGAGGGCGCCGAGCCGUUCCCGGUGGGGCGCUCCUCGCUGCUGGUGGGCAGCCUGAAGCAGAAGUAUGCGCAGGAGCUGCUGGCCGAGAAGCUCCCGCCGCCGGACAACGCCACCACCACCACCACCACCACCACCACCACCGACUCGGACAUGGAGGAGCCCUACGCGCAAGAGCCCAAGGAGGAGGGCAACCCGCCGAAGCUGAAGUGCGAGCUCUGCGGGCGCGUCGACUUCGCCUACAAGUUCAAGCGCUCCAAGCGCUUCUGCUCCAUGGCCUGCGCCAAGAGGUACAACGUGGGGUGCACGAAGCGGGUGGGCUUGUUCCACCCCGACCGCAGCAAGCUGCAGAAACCCGGCGGCCCCCCCCACGGGCGCCGCCGGACCUGCAAAGGCACCUUGCCCGCCCUGAGCAAAGACACCAAGAAACAGAGCCCGGUUUCUCUCCCGACGGGCUCGGUGCCUCUCUCCGUGACAACGUCGCUGCAGCUCAACCACAGCCAGGAGGACUCGAGCCGCUGCUCAGACAACUCGAGCUACGAGGAGCCCCUGUCGCCCAUCUCGGCCAGCUCGUCCACCUCCCGCCGGCGCCAGGGCGACCGCGACCUCGAGCUGCGGGACAUGGAGCUGCCUGACAUGCACAUGCGGGACCUGGCGGGCAUCGGGCACCGCUUCCUGCCCAGCGAGCCCAGCAAGUGGAACGUGGAGGACGUCUACGAGUUCAUUCGCUCGCUGCCCGGCUGCCAGGAGAUCGCGGAGGAGUUCAGAGCGCAGGAGAUCGACGGGCAGGCCUUGCUGCUGCUGAAGGAAGACCACCUCAUGAGCACCAUGAACAUCAAACUGGGCCCCGCGCUGAAGAUAUACGCCCGCAUCAGCAUGUUGAAAGACUCCUAGAGCCACCACGCUCGCACGAACGCUCCCGCCGCGGUGGGCAGCGGUGGGGGGAGGCGGGAGGGAUGAGGGGGCCCCCCCCCCCCAAACACGCUCCCCACACCGGGGCUGCCGCCGAGCUGGGCGGGAUGGGGAGGGAGGGUGGGGGGGAAGGAUCCACUUGCUGAGCACAAACAGCCCCUCUGCACCCCCCCGCCCUCCCCCUCCCCCCCAGCCAGCAGCGGGGCCGGGGGGCGCAGCUCUGCCGCAGGGAUGUGUAUAUAGUCCGUAGCGUUAGCUUCCCCUUGUACUGGCCCAGCCUUCCCGCCCCGGGGGCCAGCGGGCCGGCCGAGGGGUGGCCUCCCGCCUGGGGUGGGGGGCAGUGGCCAGCCGGCCCCCCCCCAGGCCUUACCCCACCCAGCAGGGUGAAACAGGAUGGUUGCCUUAAAAGUUGGGUGCGUGGUCAUGCUGGCGGCUCCCGGCCCCCGCUGCUGCAGGCUCGGCUACCUGCCCUGGGGAGGAAAUAGCCCCCUUUUUGGGGUGCCUGGUGGAGAAGAGGUUGCCGCAAAGCUGGGGUACGCUUCCCCUCCUCUCUAUGCCAUCCCCCCUGUUUUGGGGGCACAGCGGAGCAUGGUCAUGGCUGCACGGUGGGAGCUCAGUCCCCCCCGCCCCGAGGCAGGUAAGGAUUCCUCCAUGGGCCCCUUGCCACUACUGCCCGGCCACCAUGGUCUUUUUAAGAAAAAAAAAAGAGAGAAAAAAAAAAGAGGUAAAACAUACACAAAACAGAACCCUUUUUUUCCUGUUUUUGUUUUUAAUAAACACUGAAAAAGAAAAA